CCCAUGGACUUUUUAUCGUUGGACACAAGAGUAAAAUUUGUUUGUCGGCCACCACUACAAACUACAAGGAUAAGUAGCAUUUUAAACAAUCUCGCUUUUGGGGGGGUAUAUUGCUUUAAAGGAAAGGAGACCCCGCACUACGCAAUCCCACACAGGCACAGACGGGUUCUAAAUACUACAUCUCCCAGAAUGCACGGCGCUUGACACCAAACCGGAAGUACCUUUGGAACGCACCGAAGCAUGGCUGCGCGCUAAACGAGCGUGAUUAGUGAACUUUCAGCAGGCGAUGAGGACGACAGCUGCUCCUGUGAAGUGAAUACCGCAGUUCGCGAAAAUGCACAGAAGAGAAUUUACGGCUUCGCUUGUGGCAGGUGGCAUCGCGGGCAUGUGUGUUGAUCUCGUGCUGUACCCACUAGACACCAUUAAGACAAGACUGCAGAGCCCUCAAGGAUUUUUCAAGGCUUCUGGUUUCCGAGGAAUCUACGCUGGCGUUCCUUCAGUUGCUAUUGGGUCAUUUCCUUCUGCUUCUGCAUUUUUUGUCACCUAUGAGUACUUCAAGUCUGUCUUGAGCACUUUUUCUCCUCCAUACUUGAGUCCGGUUAUACACAUGGUUUCAGCUUCACUCGGAGAAACGGUCGCCUGUGUUAUCCGAGUCCCUACUGAAGUGGUAAAACAACGGACACAAGCGAGCCCCUCCACCAGCACCUACAGAAUUCUCCUUUUAACCCUGCGAGAAGAGGGCAUUUUGGGUUUAUACAGAGGAUACUCCAGUACGGUACUUAGAGAGGUGCCGUUUUCCUUGGUGCAGUUUCCAUUGUGGGAGUUUUUAAAAGGCCUGUGGUCAUGGAGACAGGGUCAUGUGGUGUAUUCUUGGCAGGCCGCAGUGUGCGGAGCGUUUGCAGGUGGCAUGGCGGCCGCAGUCACGACUCCCUUAGAUGUGGCAAAGACCAGAAUUAUGCUGGCAAAGGUCGGCACCACUGAAGCCAAAGGAAAUGUGACAACAGUGCUGUACAACAUCUGGAGGACAGAAGGAAUCUCAGGGUUGUUUGCUGGCAUUGUCCCACGGGUGGCCUGGAUCAGUUUUGGAGGGUUCAUUUUCUUGGGUGCCUACGAGAAGGCACGCAGUUUGCUGCUCUAGGGAGAGCCCAUCUGUGCUCCUGGAUGGGACACUCGCUCGUCCACACUGCAGUUGAACUCAUCGAGAGACGACGUGGACUUUUUUUUUUUUUUUUUACGUAUGCAGAGAGAUUUCUUGGCAAGCUGAAAUGUCACAACAGCGCCGGACACAGUGACACCAAUUCCAUAACUGGAGUCCCAUUUUAAAACUUGAUCUGUACUGGUGUUGCUGCUACUUGUCACAAGGGCCACCUCAGGGUCUUCAGGAGGAAGGACUCGUCAUUCCAUUACUCGGGUUGAACACCGGGCUGCACGUGCAGGUAGAAGAUCAUCACCAAGGGACAUUUGUUAUGCAGUAAGUGACACCUUUGUUAUUGUACUUGUGCUAUUAAACCAACCGGCCAAGUCCAUCUCCAGUGACCUCAGGUGCAAGACAAGGGCUACUCCCCUCACCGUCGAACCACGUCUUCUCAGACAGUUGGGAUGAUGGGAGGCGCAGAGAUGUUUUUGAGCCUUUUUGAAUUCAAGCUUUGGGCUAAGGGGUGUUAGCAGUGUCCCAUGUAUCCUCCAUCCCUGCAGGGAGUGAAGUUUGUAAGAGUGGUCAGCUUCACCACAGGCAUGUGGUCAUUGCUGGUCAUCCAAGGCUCUUGGCCAAUGGUGAUAACCAUGAAAAUCAACCUCACCAGCUAAUAGUUUUUAUCAAAUAUUUGUGUGGCAGGAAUAAGCAAAGAAUGGACGUGGCUAAAGGUGAGCGAGUAGGCCCAGCGCCAUGGCAUUUGACACACUUGUGGCCAGCGCUCGGUCACUCUCGACUCCUGCCGCUUCAAAGCUCUGCCAUCAGACCCUUGGUGCCCACUCUGUUUGGUUUUGCAGGGUUGAUGGCCAGUAUUUUGUCUCUUUAUUAAAUAAUCAGUUGAAGCUCUGGAUGCUUCACAGGUUCCUUAUUGAGGCCAAACACCCUAAGCAGGUCUUGGGCAGAUCCGUGACACGACUGAAAUGCAGGAGUUUAUAGUCCUUGGCCAAACUUCAGCAGGUGGGUAACUCAGUUAAGGGUGCAGUCUGCCCUGCCAACUCCUUCGAAUCGUGAAUUCCAGCACACUGAAGAGUAAAACUUCACCUUUUGAGGAUAAGCCACACGGGCGCCAUGCAGUGGCACUGAAAUCCACCCUGCUGGCUUCAUUCAGACCACCAGUUCACCUCCCUUUGCUUUUUAAAUGGCAGCGAGGAACACAAGACCUGAGCAGGAAUCACCUGAAAGUCUCACUUCAAAUAGUGUGAAGAAAUGGGAGACAGCAAGAAACUGAAGUCCUGACAAUUCCUAACUAGCUGUGGGCCACAACUCCCUGAACUGAUAUUCACAGAAUUCAUGGAAAAACGAGCGACAUUACAAAGACCACAUGUGGAAGAAUGAAGGCCAGGGAAUUGGCAUCUGAUUAAGAAACGGGAUGAAGUGCGGCCUUCCUGCACCAAACUUGAGCGCCAUACCACAAGGCUUCACUCACACUCACUUGAAGCUGCAAGAAAAUGGAUGUUAGCGCAGAGUCCUGGUGGGAUUACAAAAACCGCCCCCCCACUUACUGAGUAAUCAAAAGUGUGAACGUCACCCACUCGUAGACACUGAAGAGCAUCGUCUCCAUCGCUUUCUGUGGUCCGUCAUCAGUUGGACGGCUGGCUGCCCAGGGUCCCGGUGCGUUUUAUUAAACAAAGAAAAAAGACCACGGCAGGCCGGCGUUUUACUAAAAGUUUUAUUUCCACAGCCGAGGGCUUCUGCUCCUCCGCUAAUUAACUGAAUGCCUCUAAACACCAAGAGUUUAAAUUACGUGUUUUAAGUGCAAAAAGAGUCUUAGGCCAUUGUGUGCUGCUGAUCUUGGUAACACUAAACUGACAAAUGUGAAGUCGUCGUUGUCAUCUUUUUUUUUUUUUUUUAAUAAGGCACCAGAUGAGGGUUUUGCUUUUUUUUUUUUUCCUCCUCUUCUUCAAUAAGAAAAAGAACGAACCACCGCAAAGGCAAAAAGUUUUAAAAACUCUACAUUCUCAUUCUGUUAUUUCUGUAAUGAAGAAACCUUAAAAUAUCCGCUUUUAUGAAAACUCUUCUGUACAUCCUAACAAUAAACUCUCUUCAUGCUCAAACGCAA